GACAAGACAUGAGUCAAGUCAAAUUUAAAUUUUAAACAAAAAUCUCGAGAUUCGUGAAAAUAUAUGUUUUGUUGACAAAUAAAUUAAGAUAACCUUUACAAAUUAAUAACAAAACUGAAGUAAUUAUUAAUUAUUGCUAUAACUGUAAUCCGUACAUAUCCAUGAAUCAUGCUAAUAUCACAGUUAUAUGUUCACUAUUCGCUUCUAAGGAAUUCUACAAAAUCGUGUCUUAGACCCGGGUUUUACUUAUUCUAUAGAAAAUAUGCUAAUAUUCUUGGUAUAGAAACAUCCUGCGAUGAUACAGGGUGUGCUAUCGUUAAUGAAAAUGGAAAAUUAUUAGGAGAAACUUUGCAGUCGCAGAAUUUAAUCCACUUGCGCAAUGGGGGCAUUAUUCCAGACGUUGCCCAGGAUUUGCAUAGAAAGUAUAUUGAACCUACUGUAGAUAAAACAUUAAAGACCGCGCAGUUACAAUGGUCGGAUGUAGCAGCUAUAGCAGUUACAUUAGAGCCGGGCCUGCCUUUGAGUUUGGCUAUAGGCAUGAAGUACGCAAAACACUUGUCGAGGAAAUAUAAUAAACCCCUAAUUCCAAUUCACCACAUGGAAGCCCAUGCUUUGGUAGCAAGAAUGCAGCAUGACAUAACAUUCCCAUUUCUAACCCUUCUUAUAUCAGGUGGGCAUUGUUUGCUUGCUGUAGUUCAAGAUGUUAAUAAAUUCCAACUUCUUGGUGAAAGUCUUGAUUGUGCUCCAGGAGAGGUAUUUGACAAAGUUGCAAGGAGGAUGAAGCUGCGUAACAUACCAGAAUACUCACAGCUGUGUGGAGGAAAAGCAGUGGAAAUGGCUGCCGCUAAAUCAACUGAUGUUAACUUAUUUCAAUUACCACUCCCUUUAGCUGAUCACAAAGAUUGUAAUUUUAGUUUCAACGGUCUCAAAACAUCUGUAAUGUAUCAGCUAUACAGGAAGGAAAACGAACAUACAAUUGAAGCUGAUAAGUUGAUUCCGGAAGCAAAUGACUUAUGUGCAGCUUUAUUAAUGACAACAUCUAGGCAUCUCAUACACAGAACACAAAGAGCUAUGGAGUUUUGUCACCAACACCAAUUAAUACCUGACAAUAAAAAACAGCUGGUUGUGUCGGGUGGAGUUGCAUGCAACAAUUAUAUUUAUAACACAUUAACACAGCUAUGUAAAGAAUUUGAUUAUGAAAUUUAUAGGCCUGAACCUAAAUUAUGUACAGAUAAUGGUGUUAUGAUAGCAUGGAAUGGUGUCGAGAAAUGGCGAAAAAAUAUACAUGUGACGCAAAAUAUCAAUAGCUUGGAUAUUAAAGCUGUUAGUCCUUUAGGUGAAAGUCUAAUUUCUCGGGUUAAAGAAGCAAGAAUUCCAACAAAACUAUUAAAAAUUAAAGCCAAGUUAAGAUAAUAUUUUUUAAUUGAAAUAAUUCACUACAAUGAUAUUUAUUUGUCUCCUAAAAAUAAAAAAACCUUUUUUAACUGUACCAAA